AUGAGAAAAUUAUGGCACAUUGUGAUGAUAUUUAUCACAUUUUUGAUAACCGUGUGGCGUGUGGCAGCUCCCAGCAGUUUGCAGCUCAACAACAUUCUCUAUAUAAGUGCCGUUGCAUCGCCGAGUCAUUUUCUAUGGAGUCAACAGUUAUCGAAAAUUCUUGCCAAUACUGGACAUAACGUUAGCUUACUGAGCAUUUACAAAGAAGGAAAAGAACAUAAUCUGCACUUUCUUAAGCUGGACGGAGUUGAUGAAGCACUAUCGAAGGAUCAUACCGUCGAUUAUCUUUCAAUGCACUCGAUGUCCCCUGCGGAACUGUUGACAUCAUUUGUUGAACUAGAGCAUUUGGUUUGCAGACAUGCAAUAACAUCGAAACAAUUGCUGAACUUGCUCAACUAUCCGAAGAACUUCACAUUUCAUCUGGUUAUUCACGACCAUCUUGCAGGUCCGUGUUUGCUUUUGCUUCUAGAACGAUUCCAGUUCCCGCCUUUAGUGAUGGCAACUGCAUCUAAUGUUUUUGCGAGUGUGGAAUGCAUCUUAGGAUCGCCCGUGUAUCCUGGGUUUAUUCCUAAUUAUCUGCUAGAUACGCCACCGUCGUUUGGAUAUUUCCACAGACUGCAUAGCUUCAUGUUAAAAGUGUACGAAAUGUUGAUCAAACGAUAUUAUAGCAAUCCCCAAAUUGACCUUUUAGUCAAAAGCCACUUUCAAACUGUAUCUUCCGUUUCACGCUUGGAAUCAAAAGCUAUAAUUGUUUUGAUGAAUUCCAUAGAUCUUUUUGAUCCACCGGAACCUCGUGUUUGGCGUGUAGCAAACGUAGGAGGAUUACAUAUAAGUGAUCCGAAGCCUUUGCGUGCGCUGUUCUUUCCAUAUCGAAAUACAACAUACGAUAAGUGUGUUUAUAUAUCAUUUGGAAGCAAUGUGAAGAUGUAUGAUUUGAAAAAUCACCUAGCUCAAAGCAUAAUUACCACAGCACGAUUGUUGCCACAUAUAAAAUUUUUGUGGAAAGUUGAUACUUCUUCAGAUAAUGAAAUCAUCCCAGGAAAUGUGAUAACCUUCGAUUGGUUUCCUCAAAACGAUCUUCUAGGCAGUGGAACGAUCGAUGCAUUUAUCACACAUGGUGGGCUUCUAAGUGUGCAAGAGGCAAUUUGGUACGGAAUACCUAUGCUGGGUAUUCCUAAUUAUGGAGACCAAUACCAAAACGUUCGGCGAAUCGAACGGAUGGGAAUCGGCAAAAAGUUACUUCUUGAAGAUGUCAACCAAGAUUCAUUAAAGAAGCAUUUGCUGGACGUGAUAAACGAGGAAAGGUUCAAACAGAGUGCAGCAGCGGUGUCACGAAUCAUUCGUGACAAACAUAUAACACCGCAGAUGAAGGCACUUUGGGUUGUGGACUGGGUGCUAAGAAAUCACAAUAAAACUUUAAACAUGCUUGAUGACCUUAAUGAUGUGGGAUACAUACAAAAGUAUUCGAUUGACGUAUUAUCCACCAUCAUACUGAUGACUUGUUUGGUCAUUUCAUUGGCAUAUCGAGCCACGGUGGGAUUCGUUUGUUUUCUGCUUGUCAAAAAUCCUAGGAAAAGCAAAACUGAUUAA